AUGGAGGCCUCGGCCCCCGGCCGGCGGCGGCGGCGGGGCUGGCGGCGGGCUCCGGUCACGGGCUCCCCGCUCUUCCGGGCCGCGGUCGUCCUCCUGCUCUCCGCCUUCGUGGCGCGGGCGUCCCCUUCAGUUGGAUAUUUGAUUCGAUUACCGAGAGGUUUUCACUUGACCCAAGACGCUGUGAAAAUAGUGGGAUCAUCAAAUUUUCCAGUGAAAGUAUAUGUUAUGCUUCAUCAAAAGAGUCCACACGUGUUGUGUGUAACGCCACGACUGCGAAAUUCGGAAAUGAUAGAUCCAUCAUUCCAAUGGCAUGGGCCAAGAGGAAAAAUUAUUUCAGUGGAGAACAGCACUGCACAAGUAACAUCCACAGGAAGCCUUAUCUUCCAGAACUUUGAGGAGAGCAUGAGUGGAGUGUAUACAUGUUUUCUGGAGUAUAAACCUACUGUGGAAGAAAUUGUUAAAAAUCUUCAACUUAAAUAUGUUAUAUAUGCUUAUCGUGAGCCUCAUUAUUAUUACCAGUUCACAGCUCGAUAUCAUGCAGCUCCCUGCAAUAGUAUCUAUAAUAUUUCUUUUGAGAAGAAACUUCUUCAGAUUUUGAGCAAAUUGGUUCUUGACCUUUCAUGUGAAGUUUCUUUACUGAAGUCGGAAUGCCAUCGUGUUAAAAUGCAAAGAGCUGGUUUGCAAAAUGAAUUGUUCUUUACAUUUUCAGUUUCAUCUCUAGACACUGAAAAAGGACCUAAGCCAUGUGCAGACCAUAAUUGUGAAUCUUCCAAAAGACUGUCUAAGGCUAAAAAUCUUAUAGAGAGAUUUUUUAAUCAACAAGUAGAAGUUCUAGGCAGACGUGCAGAGCCAUUGCCUGAAAUAUACUAUAUUGAAGGUACUCUCCAAAUGGUUUGGAUUAAUCGCUGCUUUCCAGGGUAUGGAAUGAAUACCCUGAAACAUCCAAAAUGUCCUGAAUGCUGUGUGAUCUGCAGUCCCGGGUCUUACAACCCCCGCGAUGGAAUCCACUGCCUUCAGUGCAACAGCAGCCUGGCGUUUGGAGCAAAAGCAUGCUUAUAGGUCACGAGUUUGAGAUCUCUAGUAGUUUGUUAAACACAAAAGUCUAUUUUUGAAAUAUUAAUACAUAAUAAAUCACUAUUAUGCCAA